UUUAACUGACGUGUGUGUCAUGACGUGUAAAUAAUAACCUCUUCGAUUAAUACGAAAACACAUCAUUUAUUUAAAAUAAAUUAUUUAAAAAAUUGGAAAAUAUAAGUAAUAAUUAUGGUUUUAAUGACAAUGAUUGCCCGAGUGGCAGAUGGCCUUCCACUUGCGGCAAGUAUGCAAGAAGAUGAACAGUCGGGAAGAAGUAUUUUGGACUAUCAAAACCAAGCAAAAAUGUUAUUUAGAAAAUUAGGACCCCAAUCUCCCCCUAGAUGUACAAUAGAAACUGGACCAUAUUUAUUUCAUUAUUUAAUAGAAUAUGAAGUAUGCUAUUUAGUAUUAUGUGAAAAAGCUUACUCAAAAAGACUAGCUUAUUCCUAUUUAGAAGAUAUAGCUCAAGAAUUUCAUGCACAAUAUGGUAAACGAGUAAAUACAGUUACGAGACCUUAUACCUUCAUAGAGUUUGAUACAUACAUUCAAAAAGCAAAGAAAUCAUUUACGGAUUCAAGAUCAAGAAGGAACUUAAAUACAAUCAAUAAUCAGUUACACGACGUCCAAAGGAUCAUGGUACAAAAUAUCGAUGAUGUUUUGCAAAGAGGGACCGUUUUAUCAGAAUUGGAUACCAAGACACAGAAUCUCUCCAUGUUAACAGAAAAAUACAAGAAAGAUGCAACAUAUUUAAACACAAAAUCAAUGUAUGUUAAAGCAGCAAUAGGAGGUAUAGUUGUCUUUGUGUUUUUCUUGUACUUCUGGGUACUUUAAUCGCUGGCCGCAGAAAAAUUUUAAUUUACAAGUGGCGGAAAAUUAUUCAAAAUGAUUUUUAUCACAGCUAUUUAAGGUGUAAGUUAAAAUAGCCUUGUGAUAGGAUGUAAGUUGUGGUUUAUAUGCUUAGUGGUACCAAUCUUCACAUUUAAAAUUAUUGUAUAUUGUUGUAAUAAAUAACACUUAUGGUUAUAUUUUUAA